CCAUCGUGAAACUUUAACCGAUGGUCGAUAUUCUUUUACUGGUUCUCAUUGGAUUGAAACCGUAUCUGGUCAAAAUCAAAUCAAGUUAAACACAUAUGAAUCUCGUAACGUGUAUAAAACUUAUGCACACGCGAAUGUACUCAACCCAGAUUUUGCACAUUUUGACAAGCCUCAUAUACAUUAUAUCAAAAAAGGGUUGCAACUCUUAUUUAAUUGUCACAAAACUGACUGGGGAUUCAAUCAAGAUGACAACUGGAAUAAUCAAAAUUGUAAAAAACUUCUAGAAACCCUUCAAGAAUUUACUGCAAAUAAUGUUAAUGUUUACCUUAACACAUACAAAAAUUAA